CUCCUUCAAAUGGGUAUAAAUUGCUUCGACACCCGUCACUUUGCUAUUAAACAACAAUGUUGCUAAUUACAUUUAUUGUUUUUACAGCUAUUGCUGCUUUGGCUCAAGGAGAUACUUUGAGUGUAUCAGUGUAUUACGAGUCUCUUUGCCCCGAUAGUAAACAAUUCAUUACCACUCAACUCUAUCCAGCUUAUGAACAAAUUUCCAACUAUUUGAACGUACAAUUUUUUCCUUAUGGAAAUGCUGACAUUACCACCUCAGAAGACGGAACUUUAAAUUUCACCUGUCAACACGGUCCCAAUGAAUGUUACGGCAAUGAAAUUCAAGCUUGUGCCAUCUCAAUAGAUCCUCAAAAUUCUAUUCAAUUUGUUGAUUGCGCUAUGGCCAGUGAUGACGCAAGUAACGAUGAAAAUUUGCAACAAUGCGCCGAAUCUAGUGCAAUCUCUUGGGACUCUAUUAAGGAAUGCAUCAGCAGUGGUUUAGGAGAUCAGCUUUUUGUACACUACGGGGAACUUACAGAUUCGGCACACAUAAAUUUUGUGCCAACAAUAUUUUUCAAUGGUGUUUUCAAUGAAACCCUUCAAAAUUUAGGACAGUUCGAUUUCCUACCAACCGCUUGUUUGUUAUUGAAUGAAGAACCCAGCGCUUGCUCUUCAACAGAAUAAAUAAUUUGUAGUUUAUAGUUCAUUUUUGUUCAACGAGAAUGUAUUUUAUUUGCUUCAAAUAAAAUGGAGACUAUAUAUUUA